AUGGAGAUGGCGCAGGGCGUGCCCGUCGGGGGCAGCGCGGGCAGUGCCAUGGUGAAGAAUUGCACCCCUGGCGGGCUGCAGAAGCUCAUGCACGACGCGACCACGGCAGGGCGUCGCGGGGUGGCGGGCUUCGACGACGAGGGCGGCGGCGUCGACAGCGACGAGCUCGGCGACUCUGCGGGCUCCGACGACGAGCCCGAGGAGUCAGAGGAGGAGGGCGAAGAGGAGGCCGAGGCGGAGGAGGAGUCAGAAGAGGAGACCGGCGGCGACGGGUCCGAGCCGCAGGACGACUCGGAGGAAGCGAGGGCACCUGCGCGGGUCCAGCGCGCCCGCGGUGACGGUGCCCAUCGUGGUGAUCAGCGCGCAGGUGUCCGCAAUCGCGCGUCUCACAAGGCGCAGGCGCCGCCGGCGCUGCCAGCGCUGCUCAAGACGCCGCCGACGAAGUCCGCGGUCUCCAGCCGUUCAGAAGGGAGUCUCGGGAAGAGGGGUCGGGGCAGCGCUGCAAGCGCGGCCCCGAGUGAGCGGCGUCGGAUCCGCGGCAAGACGGCUACCAUCGAUGACGGACGCGCUCGGGAGGGAGACGACGCCACCUUCGUUCAGCAAUUGAAGGAGUUCGACGAGCGCGACCCGCGCCUGCAGCUCAGCGGCGCCGACGUCAAGGACGCCUGCAAGCCGGCGGUCUUCAUCGGGUACAAGCGCCUCCUCGCCGCCGUGCUGGAAGGCCACCUCGAGAAGUUCACGUUGGGAGCGAACGACGAGGGGCGCCAUCGAGGUCAUGACGUCCCUCUUCGGCUAGCUGGGCGACGACUCGGAGGUGCAGCGCCUCGGUAUACCUGA